CACCGUAUGAAAUUUCGUUGCUUCGUCUUUGUGGUUGGGCUUCUUGACAGACCGUCAUCGUCAAUGGCUACCGCAUGCAAUGUUUAUGGAAUCUUCGGUGUUCGUACAAGAUUAAUGAUGGAAUUACGGAUGUGAAUUAGUUUCCUUUUCCGCGAGUAGACGGCAAUCAUUUUUCAAGAUCGCAGAUUCACUAUCUAGUAGUGCAGUCUGAGGUUUUCAUGGCAGACGAAGAUGGUUCAGAGACCGAGUGUCUGCAAGACAUAUUCACAGAUCCUUGGAGACCUCCUACCCCUGAGGCAACCUUUGCUCGAUAUGUCCGCUACAGAGACGAGAAUGACUCGAAGGAUUCUUCGUCAGAAGAAGUUGCGGUUAGGCUAGUCGGGUCACAUCCCCUUUGGGGACAUUAUCUGUGGAAUGCAUCCGUCGCAGUGGCUGAAUACCUCGAAUCACACCGUGACCUGGUUCGAGGCAGGUUCGUUUUGGAACUUGGUGCGGGAGGUGGUCUCCCUGGCAUCGUAUCCGCUCAGAUCGGCGCGAAGAAGGUGGUCCUGACUGAUUAUCCCGAUCAAGAACUCAUCGAUAACUUGACAUACAACGUAGACCAUAAUGUUUCCCCGGCGGACAGGACGAACAUCGACAUACAGGGAUACAUCUGGGGGCACAAGGUACAGGGUCUCCUUGCCGCGUUGCCAUCCACUCGUGAUGGUUGGAGAGCAUUCGACCUCAUCAUUCUCUCCGAUCUCGUCUUUAACCACUCCCAGCAUGACGCUCUCCUCAGAACCUGUGAACUUUCCUUGACCCCUCUCUCUGGCCAGCCCUGUGAACCUCCUUCGAGCCAGCCAGCACCCUGCGUGCUUGUAUUCUAUACACAUCAUCGACCCCAUCUUGCACACCGUGAUCUUGAUUUUUUCACUAAGGCUCGUUCUCAAGGCUGGAUCUGUGAAGAAAUCGUGACUAGAAAAUUUCCUCCUAUGUUCCCGGACGAUCCCGGAGAUGAAGAAGUCCGAGCUACCGUCCACGGCUGGAGAUUGGUCCGUGGAACCUCAAAAGUAGAAACAGCCGCCGCAUAGAGGUGACCUGCGACGCCAUCCGGAUAAGAUGUGCUUUGUUUCACUACAUCCUCACGUCGAGGGGACAAUUUGGAAGAACGACGUAUAGUACUACAAUUUUUCGACAUCAUUAUCACAAUAAUUUUGGCGAAAACAUUGCCACGCUUCCAAAAACUCUAGCUAGUGGCAAUAUUCUCAAACCCAACGCUGCACGACUACGCUGUUAAUCAGUCCAGCAUCUUUGAUCGAUUGACUAUCGUUAUCUAGUACACGAUUCGGGAAUGUUGUCCCGAUCGUGUAGGGACGCGAAGU